AUGACGGAUAGAUUCAUCAGAACUCGCAAACAGCUGCCUCUCAAAGGAGAGGGUGUUCACGAGUCCUUCAGGAAGCUUGUGAACAGUAUGAAUACAAGCAAGAGUGAGACAGUGAAAGACCAUCCAUUAAAACCCUCUCGAAGAUCUAUGCCAUGCCUAGCCCAGAGCCAAACACAUCCUCAGAGUCUGAGCAAGCAUUCGUCUUUUCUGCAGCCAAAUCGUGUGCAGCCACAGCCCCGACCUCAGCCUCUUAGUGCAGGGACAUCUACAGCUGCAGUGGAUGUGGAGUCAGAACGAGCUAAAGUGAUGGAGACUUUGGAAAACAACUUGCUUAAGCUGUCUAAUACAGAAUAUGAUGAUCCAUUUUUAG